CCGCGCUCUCCGACUCUCUCUCUCUCUCUCUCGCUCUCGCUCGCGAGUCGCGUCACGCAUUCCCCGCCGCGAUCCAUCACCACCACCACCACCACCACCACCAGCCGCAGCCGCAGCCGCAGCAGCAGCAGCAGCAGCAGCCACCGGACGGCGCGCGCGGCGGGCGGCGGGCGGCGGCGGGAGGAUUCACUUCGCUUGCCUUGCCCGCUUUGACGUCUUCGCCGCCGCAGGCAACCUAUUCCACCUUCUAGGGCGUUGCGGUUGCAGGGAGGAGGAGGAGGGGGAGGAGGGGGAGGGGGAGGGAUGGAUCUGAAGGAUGGCGGGGGGUCGGAGAGGAGGGGGGCGGCGGCGGGUGCGGGUGCGGGUGCGGCGCCGCUGGCGAGGCAGGGGUCGAUCUACUCACUGACGUUCGACGAGUUCCAGAGCACGCUGGGAGGGAUGGGGGGAGGGCUCGGGAAGGAUUUCGGGUCGAUGAACAUGGACGAGCUGCUGCGGAGCAUCUGGACGGCGGAGGAGAGCCAAGCGAUGGCGUCGGCGUCGGCGGCGGCGGCGGCGGCGGAGGGGGGCCUGCAGAGGCAGGGGUCGCUCACCCUGCCGCGCACUCUCAGCGUCAAGACGGUGGACGAGGUGUGGCGGGACUUAGAGCGAGAGGCGUCGCCGGGGGCGGCUGCUGCUGACGGCGGCGGCGGCGGCGGGGAGCAGCAGCAGCCCAGGCGGCAGCCGACGCUCGGGGAGAUGACGCUGGAGGAGUUCCUGGUCAGGGCCGGGGUCGUCAGAGAGAAUACCGCUGCGGCGGCUGCUAUGGUAGCUGCGGCCGCCGCUCCGCCGGUGGCUCCGCGGUCGAUUCCGGCUGUCAACAACAGCUCCAUCUUCUUCGGGAACUACGGAGGCGUCAAUGAUGCUGCUGCUGCCGCUGCUGGUGCGAUGGGUUUCUCACCGGUGGGGAUUGGGGAUCCGACCAUGGGGAAUAGGCUGAUGUCCGGAGUGGCAGGGAUUGGGGGUGGUGCGAUCACUGUUGCUCCGGUGGAUACAUCAGUUGGACAAAUGGAUUCAGCGGGCAAGGGGGAUGGGGACCUGUCAUCACCGAUGGCGCCGGUGCCGUACCCCUUUGAGGGGGUGAUAAGGGGGAGGAGGAGCGGUGGUAACGUGGAGAAGGUGGUGGAGCGGCGGCAGAGGAGGAUGAUCAAGAACAGGGAGUCAGCAGCUAGAUCUCGUGCCCGGAAGCAGGCUUACACAAUGGAGUUGGAAGCUGAAGUUCAGAAACUCAAGGAACAGAACAUGGAAUUGCAGAAGAAACAGGAGGAAAUUAUGGAAAUGCAGAAAAAUUUCUUCCCAGAAAUGCAGAAAAAUCAGGUAUUAGAGGCGGUCAACAAUCCUUACGGACAAAAGAAGCGUUGCCUAAGAAGAACAUUGACAGGUCCCUGGUAAAAUUUGAGUUAUUGAUAACCGGAGCUUGACAAGACACACCAUAUUUUAACCUUAAGGUUCUUGUACAUAUUGUCAGGAUUUCAAAACUCAUCUCUCUGUUGUAAAUUGAUGAUCAACAGAGUCGAGUGUACUAGUGCUUAACUUGCCCUGUCACCUUCAACUUACAGUUCUGCAAGUCUUCUAUCGUGCUCUUAUGUCCCCCUCUGUGCCCCGCUUUCUCUUUUCCUACCCUGAGAUAAGUGUGUUGUUCAAUGUUUUUGGUUUCUUGGCCCCA